AUGGCUAUACAAGAACGCCGGUCAAUACAGUUUGGUUUGACGUCAGUCCUUGUUCUGGCAAUCGGAUCUCUGGCGUUCGCGAGCACCCAGGCCAUCAAUGCGGUAUUCACAAUCGCUGUCACCGCGUCAUAUGUCUCUUACAUGACGCCGAUCGCGACUCGCUUUGUGUUCAAGAACGAUUUUAAACCCGGCCCGUUUAAUCUUGGGAGACUGAGCUUUCCUAUCGCUGCGAUUGCUGUGUCGUGGAUGGUCUUCAUGAUCAUCGUUUUCUUCUUUCCUUCCACUUCACAGCCAAAUGCACAAGAGAUGAACUACACAGUCGUGGUCCUUGGAGGAUACAUGUCCCUUGCUGUUUUCUGGUAUUACUGCCCGGUGUAUGGAGGUGCGCACUGGUUCAAAGGACCUGUAUCCAACCUUGCACCCAUCAUGAAAGGUGAAUACGGAGACGAGGACUCGGUGUCGGACAGGAAGGAAAAUCGUGAUGCAGAACUCUCUGUGUCAGUAGUGGAUGCAUAA